UUCCUGCUUCAAUCAGCUUAAUUAGUAGUAGUUUCUCGCUGCCGCUCUGACUGACCAUUCAAAUGUAAACGCUAACACAACACAGAUGUUGCAUAUGUCAACUUUUUUGUGUCUUUUAAAGUUUAGGAUGUACCCCCUGACGGAGGAGCUGGCGGAGGUUUUCGCAGAAGACUCUGAGAACGAUAAAACAUUUUACGGUUUUGGUGACGAAGAGCUGAGUGACCACUGCAACCAGAACGCUGACAUGCAAGGUGAAGAUGAAGGCCGACCUUGUCUUCCCUGCAAGCAAACUACGUCCAAAACCUUCAAACUGAGAGUGGCGCUUCGCUCGGCUCCGUCAGACCAAAACUCCACCGAUGAGGAUGAAGACGAGGAUGGAGAGUGGCUGCAAAAGACAAGGGUGAAGACAAGUCAGACAAAGGAGGACGAAGGUGUUACAUCUGAGGAAGAAUGUGAAGAUGUGUCCGACUUCUUUCUGGCCAAGAGGGAACAAAACAUCCGAGCCAACAAAGCAAUGCUGGCUCAGCUGAUGGCCGACCUGCAGAAGAUGCCUGAAGGUGCUGCUUUUCUGAAAAAGCCAGAAGCAAAACCAUCUAAGAUGAAGCGUCCACCUCGCUCUGGAAAGGAGUCCAGAAGGAACUCAGAGCGCUCAUCCCGCAGACACACCCGCUCUAUGGGAAGACACGAGGCCCCCCAGGAAGCAGACGUGGACCUCAGCCUGGAAGAGGAGCUUCUUCAAGUUCGUGGUGCCCCGCGCAGACGUGGGACCCCGCGAGCCAAUCACAGCAAGCCUCACAUCAUCAGGCCCGUGGAGGACAUCACUGAGGACCAGCUGCAACUGGUGGCAGACAACAUGACCGACAAAGUCUACAACAGAGUUACUGGCUCCACGUGUCACCAGUGCCGUCAGAAGACCGUUGACACCAAGACCUGCUGCCGCCACCAGGAGUGUCGGGGCAUCCAGGGUCAGUUCUGCGGGCCGUGCUUGAGGAACCGAUACGGGGAGGACAUCAGGAAGGCCCUCCUUGAUCCGGACUGGACUUGCCCUCCCUGCCGAGGUAUCUGCAACUGCAGCUUCUGCCGCCUGCGAGAGGGCCACUGUCCCACGGGGAUCUUGUUCCCUCUGGCUCAGUACCACGGCUUCUCAGACGUCCACUCCUACCUCCGCAGCCUCCAACACAAGGCCAAGAGUGAGAGUGCAGAUGUGAGCUGAGAUGAGAAGAUACUGUGUGACUUUUAACCAAUAAAGAUUUUUACAACGGACUACUCUUUGCAUUUAAC